GUCACUAACUCGUAGUCAUGGAGGUAUGCUCGUGGUGAUCCAUUUGUUUACAUAUAUCUUUGGAAGCGUACGAGUGUUUGUGUGGAAAACUAGUUGAUUGUCAAUUGUACGAAGAAAAUGGCUAAAGGAAACGUUGGGGCAGUAGUGACAGAUCCUGCAAGAGAAAAAGCACUACAUGACUACAGAAAGAAAUUGCUUGAGCACAAAGAAGUGGAAGGCCGUCUAAAGGAAAUGCGAGAACAGCUGAAGGAACUGACUAAGCAAUAUGACAAGUCAGAAAACGACCUGAAAGCAUUACAGAGUGUUGGACAGAUUGUUGGUGAAGUUCUUAAGCAGCUAACCGAGGAAAAAUUUAUAGUGAAAGCAACAAAUGGCCCUCGAUAUGUGGUGGGCUGCAGAAGACAGCUGGACAAAGCUCGCCUAAAGUCAGGUACACGAGUAGCACUGGACAUGACAACACUUACAAUUAUGCGUUACUUGCCAAGAGAAGUUGAUCCAUUAGUGUACAACAUGUCACAUGAAGAUCCAGGAGAAGUUACAUAUUCUGCAAUUGGUGGUCUCAGUGAGCAAAUAAGAGAACUAAGAGAGGUAAUUGAACUACCACUAUUAAAUCCAGAGCUGUUCCAAAGAGUUGGCAUCACCCCACCUAAAGGUUGUCUUCUUUAUGGACCUCCAGGCACAGGAAAAACUCUACUUGCACGUGCAGUAGCAAGUCAGUUAGAUGCCAAUUUUUUGAAGGUUGUCUCUAGUGCUAUUGUGGAUAAAUAUAUUGGAGAAAGUGCUCGUCUGAUUAGAGAAAUGUUUAAUUAUGCUCGUGAUCAUCAGCCAUGUAUCAUCUUUAUGGAUGAAAUUGAUGCUAUUGGUGGUAGAAGAUUCUCGGAAGGAACAUCAGCAGAUAGAGAAAUCCAAAGAACUUUGAUGGAGCUUCUUAACCAGAUGGAUGGCUUUGAUUCCCUGGGUCAGGUGAAAAUAAUUAUGGCCACCAACCGUCCAGAUACUCUCGACCCUGCCCUGCUAAGGCCAGGCCGCCUUGACAGAAAGAUUGAGAUUCCUCUUCCUAAUGAACAGGCACGCCUUGAAAUUCUUAAGAUACAUGCUGGACCAAUUGCAAAACAUGGUGAAAUUGAUUAUGAAGCAGUGGUGAAGUUAUCUGAUGGUUUCAAUGGAGCAGAUCUGCGGAAUGUAUGUACAGAAGCUGGUCUUUUUGCUAUCAGAGCUGAACGAGAAUAUGUUAUACAGGAGGACUUCAUGAAAGCUGUGAGGAAAGUAGCAGAUAACAAAAAGCUGGAAUCAAAGUUGGACUAUAAGCCUGUGUGAUUUUUUUAUUCAAUACAAUUAUUCUGCUUACUGUGUGUUAGCGUAUUUUUUUUUUCGAUUUUGUGUUCAAAUACAAUGAAAAAGUAAAACUUUUAACCACAUACAUUGUGAUUAAUCUCCCACGUUGUUCCUUCAGGUGAUUUUAUCGUUUGCUUUUUUUGUUACAGUGCAGAUGUUUCACAUUCAAUAAAUUAUCAUUUUUAUUAAAUUCAA